GCGCUCGUUCGUGUUUGCUGCGGUGACACGGUGCAGCACUUUUCCCAGUACCGAGCACCGCCAAGCAGCACCAGAGAGACAGGAAUAUGUAAGAUCGAGGACUACCUGAGGCGCAAGGUAAACGAGACAAUCCGACAGGUGGCACAGAACACACACAAGGUCCAUCUUCUGUGCCUGUUAGCUCACGGCCGGUACUUGAACUCAAAACUUGGCAGUGGCACUCUCCUGGGGGCGGCCCUCUCCACCACACCUGGCAAGAACGCACACCCACCUGGCCGUCUGGACCUGACACACCUGCAGCGCCUCGUUACCUGGUUUGGCAAGAAAUUCCCGGUGAAAGAUAAGACACUGGAAGAAGAUUACUGGGCGUUACCGGUUGAGGAAGUACUGGUGGUGAGAUUCGGGGAUGGAGAGAUGCGGUCGACUAGGGAGGCUGUGCUGUGUUUCGUGGUACUGUGCAGGGCGUUGGGUAUCAGUGCCAGGUUGGUGAUGGCACUGCAGCCCCUCCCAUGGAAGCCGGCGUCUGGGUCUCUCAUCAAACCAGGGAAAACUGAAGAAAAUGAUGGAAAAUGUUCGUCUGACUCGGUGAAAUCUCCACCUUCUUCUGCUUCUAGUUCUCUUAAAACUUCGUCUGCCUCUUCCUCUUCUUCUAGCUCCCACAAGCCCUCCUCCUCCUCUUCCUCCUCUUCACCCUCCUCGACAAGCACGCAGAAGGAAUUAAAAGCUAAAAAAUUUAAUCGCAAAAUGCUUUCAUCAGAUUCUGAAACUUCACCGCCAAAUGGAAGAGGAAGAGGAGGAGGGAGGAAGAGGAAGACAGAAGAAGAGGAAGAAGAAGAGGACAGCGACUUUGAACCCAAGAAGACAAAAUUUCGAAGACCGGUUAGGACACAGAGGAGAAGAUCGCAGGAGGAAGAGGAUGAUGGAAAGAAGAAAAAGAAGAAGGAAGAGGAGGGGAAGAAGAAGAAGAAAACAGAGGCCGUGGUGGAGUGGGUGGAGGUGUUCGUGGAGGAGGAGGAGAAGUGGGUGUGUGUGGAUGUUGUGAGGGGGAAGAUUCAUUGUGUGGCAGAGAUUGAGGCCCGUCUGCCCCCGGGGUCAGCGUACAUCACAGCCUUCACCCCCGACCUCUGUGUCAAGGACGUCACCCUGCGCUACGUGUCCACUUGGCUAUCGGCAGAGAAGAAGUUGCGGUGUAGCAGCGAGUGGUGGACGGAGACUCUAAGGCCGUUCCGAACCGCCCGGACACAGAGAGACAAGGAUGAAGAUGAGGAGAUGCAGAAAAUCCUUCAUUUGCAGCCUCUUCCUAAGACUGUGGCCGAGUAUAAGAACCACCCCCUCUAUGCACUGCAGCGUCAUCUAUUGAAGUUCGAGGCCAUCUAUCCCCCCGACGUGUCCCCCGCAGGGUUCUUCAAGGGUGAACCAGUCUAUCCCAGGUCCAGUGUGCACAACCUCCACUCAAAAGAGACAUGGAUCAAGGAAGCGCUGUCUGUCCGAGUUGGGGAGGAACCCUACAAGACAGUGAAGGCUCGACCGAAGUGGGACAGGGUGACGUGCCAGGUGAUGAAGGACCGGCCACUGGAGCUGUUUGGGGAGUGGCAGGUGGAGCCUUACGAACCACCUGUGGCCGUGGAUGGGAAGGUUCCACGCAAUGAAUAUGGGAAUGUGGAACUUUUCAAGCCUUCCAUGCUGCCCCGCGGAUGUGUACAUGUCCCUGUUACUGGCAUCAACCGGCUAGCUCGGAAGCUCAAUAUUGACUGUGCUCCGGCAAUGGUUGGGUUCGAUUUUCACUCUGGUUGGUCUCAUCCUGUGUACGAUGGAUAUGUGGUGUGUCAAGAGUACAGGGACACUCUGAUGGAUGCUUGGAAUGAGGAGCAGGAGGCGUUGGCAAGGCGGGCAGAAGAAAAGCGAAUGAAACGAAUUUAUGACAACUGGCGGAAACUCGUCAAGGGAAUGCUGGUGAGAGAGAGAGUGAGGCAGGACUACCAGAUCACCGAGGAGGAGGAAGAGGAAGAGGAGGAGGAGGAGGAGGAGGAGGAGGAUAAGAAGAAGAAGAAGAAAGAAGAGAGUAGUGAUUUGGGCAAGAAGAAAAUUCGACAAACAGACAUUGAUGCACUAGAGAAGACCAGGAGAGAAGGGGAGGAAGAGAAAGAGGAGGAGGAGGAAGAGGAGGAGAGGACCCACAGACCACGCCCUCUCAUCACACACCAGGUCAGAAAUCUCUCCAUUGACCUGACCUCAAAUGUCGCAGAGAUGGCUAAAAAAAGUCGACAGAGAACCAUGAAAACGAAAAACUCCAUUCGUCGACCUGCCGCCAAAGGUCGUAGGAAGCCGGAAGCAGGUCACAGCAAGACCCCGGAGGUCACAAAGGGGCAGGAAGACGCGGGGAAGGCCAGGGAGGACGCGAGACUGAGUGAGGAGUCGGAGGAAUCAGACGAGGAGGAGAAGAAAGAGAAGAUCCGUGCUAUUUUGAACUGGGGCUGUAAGGGUCACACUUCCGACCCUGACCUUAGUGAUGACUCUGAUGGCGAGAGAGGUCAGGGAGGCAAUCAAGGAGACUCGGAGGACCCUAAACUAUCCCCGACUGGCUUCUGCGGCUUUCCUGACAUGCAGAAACGGAGAAAAACGACAAAAAACGCAAAAAUAAGAAACUUGAGAAAGGGGAAAUCCAGAACUGACUCAGGUAGCGAAACAGACUCUUCUCCAUCCACCAGCCGCUCCACAACACCAGAAGGGGACGUGGAGGAGGUGGAGGGGCCCAGGAGGGUGUCUACACGUACAGCUAAGAGGGGAGUGAGAAGUUACAAGGAGGAAGAGAGAGAGAGUGAUGCUGGAAACUUGUCUGAAGAUAGUGACUGUAAUGAUAGACUGUACAAGCCUAUGUGAGUGUGUGUGUGUGUGUGUGUGUGUGUGUGUGUGUGUGUGUGUGUGUGUGUGUGUGUGUGUGUGUUCUCAGGGCUUUUGUAAUUGUAGUAGUAGUAGUAGUAGUAGUAGUAGUAGUAGUAGUAGUAGUAUGUGUGGCUGAAGGGGGAGGAAAAGAAGAGAAACAGGAGGAGGAGGAAGAGGAGGGGAUGUGAGGAGAAAGAAUAGUAGUAGUAGUAGUUAGUAUCUUAGUUAGUGUAGUAGUAGUAGUAUCUUAGUUAAUUGUUGUAGUAGUAGUAGUAUCUUAAGUACAAAUUAAUACAUUCCAUUUUUUGAAGUAGCAGCAGUGGUAGUCGUAGUGAUAGUAGUAGUAAUUUCUCUCUCUCUCUCUCUCUCUCUCUCUCUCUCUCUCUCUCUCUCUCUCUCUCUCUCUCUCUCUCUCUCUCUCUCUCUCAAUGUUAAAGGAAUGAAUGGUUUUUAUUUUCACGUAAUUUUUUAUAUAUAAUUUUCCUGAUUAAUUUCUCAGGAUUUGUGGGAAAAAAAAGAAAAGAUUAAUAUGAAAGUAUCAGUCUUUUUUUUUAAUAUAUAUUUUUUAUUAAUGAUUUUUUGUUUAUUUUUUUUUUUUUUACAUAGAAUUCUUAUUAAUUAAAAAAAAAAAAAAGGUGGCAUCUCAACUUAAUAGCUUUAGUGUAAUUAUAAAUAUUUGUAAUCUAUUUUUUGAUACAUUAUUUUGAAACUCUUCUUGUGAACUUUAAUUAAAGGAACAGGAAUAAAAAUACUCAAUAAUAAUGAUGAUAAUUUAAGUAUCGUAGUAAUGUUUAUCAAUGAAUUCGGUGUUGUGUAAGAUAUAAGUAAAGUUUAAGUAAUUCAAAAAUAUUGUGUUCAUUUUGUAUUUUUGUUGCUGAUUUGUUAAGACAUUCAUUAAUUGAUGGAGAGAAUGCGUUCCUGCAAUUAUUAUUUUAAUCAGCUGUGAAAUAUUUUGUGUUUGUCUUCAGUUAUUAUUAUUAUUAUCAUUUUUUUACAAAUUUUCCUUUAAUUAGAGUUACAUUGCUGAUCUGAAAAUAAUAGUAAUAAUAAUAAUAACAAUAACAACAAUAACAACAAUAACAACAACAACAAUGAUAAUAAUGUACCUCAAUUCCUUUUUAUAUAUAAUUUUAAUGUAACCGUUUUUUUUAUAUUUUUGUAAAUCUAGAAGUAAAAAAAUAUCCCAGUGAAAAAAAAAUAAAUGUUUCCUUUUGAUAUAA